AUGGCUGAAAUGGCUCAGCUGCUGAAAGGGGCAACAGAUAAAGGAAAGGCCCCUAUGACUAUCACUGAAGAGGAUAAUGAAGACCAUCCUCUGGGUUUUACUCCACCCCAUGUACAAACUCAACCUGAGGCGUAUCCCCGAAGGCCGUCCAUCACAAUAAGAUCUCAACAUGGGCAAGUUGAUGCUGGAAUACCCAUGAAUUUUCAAACUGGCUCGGGAUUUAACCCAGGAGACAAUCCUACCAAUCCAGUCAUCCCUGAUUUAGAUAUAGCAGAAAAAGAAGAGAUGAGACUCGAAUCAUCAAGGCAAUUAGAGGAACGUUGCAGAUGGUUAGAGAAAAAAUCUAAGGCAUUAGAAAACAUUGAUAAUCGUCAAGGAAUUGAUGCUAAGGACUUGAGUUUGGUCCCAGAUUUGGUGCUUCCUCAUAAGUUUAAGAUGCCGAAAUUUGAGAAGUACAAUGGGACUACUUGCCCUGAGGCCCAUAUCACCAUGUUCUAUAGGCGGAUGACUGGCUAUGUAAACAAUGAUCAAUUAUUGAUCCAUUGUUUUCAAGACAGUUUGGUUGGGGCAGCAGCUAGAUGGUAUAAUCAAUUGAGUCGCGCAAGGAUUGGUUCCUGGAGAGAUUUAGCACAAGCCUUUAUGCAGCAGUAUAAUCAUGCCCCAUUCAUUACUCAUAUGAUUGGAAGUACCACCAAAAGCUUCGCUGAUAUAGUUAUGGCAGGAGAAAUGAUUGAAAAUGCCAUAAGGGGUGGCAAGAUAGAGGGGGAGGCUGUUAAAAGAUCGGUCCCAAGAAGGAAAGAUAAUGAGGAUUCCCAAAAGCAAGGAUCUGGUUCGAGACAAAAUUCUGAAAAGGUCUCAUUUACACCUAUCCCAGUGGCAUAUCGGGAGCUUUAUCAAAGUUUAUUCAAUGUGCAUGCAAUAGCUCCUUUUCAUUUGAAACCGUUGCAACCCCCAUAUCCCAAAUGGUAUGAUGCAAACGCCAAAUAUGAAUACCAUGAGGGGAUAUCAGGGCAUUCAAUCGAAAAUUGCAUUGGUUUUAAAAAGGUAGUGGAAAGACUAAUCAAGAUGGGGGUCGUAAAAUUUGACGACACCCCUAAUACAGAGAACCUGUUGCCAAACCAUGUUGAUCAAGGGGUAAACGCAAUUGGAGACACUGGUAUGAGAAGGAUCAAAGAAGACGUGGCUGAGGUAAGAAUGCCGAUGAAAGUAAUCUGGGAAGAAAUGGUGAAAAGAGAAAUGAUAAUCUCUGAAGAAGGAAGUAGAGGAGUGAGGGACUACUACGAGUUCCAUGUAGAAGAGGGACAUGAAAUCCAGGAAUGUGACGAUUUUAAGGCUUUGGUACAAAGCCUUAUGGAUAAUAAGGAGCUGGAAUUUUAUGAAGCUGGCUCAGAUGAGGGUCAUAUAUGCGCAUUGGAAAGGGAACCCAAGAAUCAAAGAAUCAACCGGCCAGGGAUCAUUAUUUCUCUACCAAGGAAUAAUGAAGUUGAAACACAAACAGCACCGAAAGUCAUUAUUCACAAACCUGUUUCCUUUCCUUAUAAGGAUAAUAAGAGGGUACCCUGGAAUUAUGACUGCAAUGUGACAAUGCCGAAGAAAGAGGAUAUAGCUAGUGCUUCUAAGGAGGCUCAAGAUGAGGGUUCUUACAUACGUAGUGGGAAGCGUUAUGAUGUAGAAGGCGUCAGAGUUGAGCCCACGAAAGCAAAAGCCUUUGACAAAGGAAAGGAGACUGAAAUACUGGUUAACGAGUCAGUGAAGGAAGAAGAAGCCAGAGAGUUUCUAAAAUUCUUAAAACACAGUGAGUACAGCGUGGUUAAACAGUUGCGCAAACAACUGGCCCGCAUAUCAGUAUUGGCUUUACUUCUGAGUUCCGAGGUACAUCGGGAAGCAUUAAUGAAGGUGCUCAACGAGACUUACGUUACUAAUGAUAUAUCCGUCAAUAAGUUGGAUCGAUUGGUUAGUAACAUAAGUGCUGACAAUUUCAUCUAUUUCAAUGAUGACGAAAUCCCACCUGGUGGUAUGGGAUCAGCUAAAGCUUUGCGCAUCACCACUCGCUGCAAGGGAUAUACAUUGCCAAGUGUGCUUAUUGAUAAUGGAUCAGCCUUAAAUGUCUUACCAUUAUCUACAUUGAACAGAUUACCCAUAGAAAGUUCUCACAUGAAAACAUGCCAUAAUAUAGUGAGAGCAUUCGAUGGUACAGAGAGAAAGGUCAUGGGAAGAAUUGAUAUUCCUUUGAUGAUUGGGCCAAACACUUAUGAGGUGGAAUUUUUAGUGAUGGACAUCAAGCCCUCUUAUAAUUGCCUGUUGGAGAGGCCUUGGAUACACUCGGCAGGAGCGGUGCCCUCAUCUUUGCACCAGAAAUUGAAGUUAGUAGCUGAUGGAAGGUUGGUUUCCAUAAAUGCGGAGGAGGACAUUAUAGCGACAGUUAUCAAUGACGCACCCUAUGUAGAAGCAAACAAGGAGGACAUUGAAUGCUCUUUUCGUUCAUUAGAAUUCAUUAAUGCAACAUUCAUUUCAGAGAGGAAUGAGGUGCCGGUGCCUAGGAUAUCCAGAACUACAAGAAUGAGUUUGCAGUUAACAAUGGGGAGAGGAGCCUUGCCAGGAAAAGGAUUGGGAAGAUAUCUUCAAUGA